GCUCGUUCUUUAUCAAGACCUCAACGUACCCGUCCUGCAACUGUUGGUCGAGGUGUAGAUAACUGGGUUUUUAUACUCCAUGGUAUGAUACAAGUCGUCUGUCAGUAAACAGAAUAACGGAAAGAACACAGCAAUGGAUAGUAAGAGCCAGUGACUUCAGCAUGACAAUGAAGAGAACGUGGUGCUGCCUUGCGCUUCUUACAAUCUAUAUUUGUUCUUCGACGGAAGGUCUUAGUAGUUCUGGAUCACACGUUUGUUCUCAUACUGCCUACGCCACCGAGUCCUAUCAGGAUAGAUAUACAACAUCGUGUGGCUUCAUCUACUUUUCACGGUGCAAUCGCUAUCGAACAAGGUACCGAAGAAGAUCAUGGAGUGUGUAUGAAUGCUGCGAUGGAUGGCGAAGUACCAAUGGUGUAGACUGCAGUUCAGCCAUCUGUUACGGCAAGGACAACGCUCAGGGGCUUGCAGCGGGAAAGGAAGCUGUGUUGCUCCAGACAAGUGUUCCUGUUACACUGGCUAUACUGGAUUACAGUGUGAGAAAUGUCUUGAUGCUCGAGGUGAUGCUAACUAUUCAAUCUGGUGGCGCACAAACAGCCAUCCUGACUGUGCUCUGACCUGUUCGUGGAAGAACCAAUGGUGUUGGCCAGGGACUGCCCCGACUCCAGAUUGAGGACGUCCUGUACAUGUCGAAAAGGCUUCGUUAAGAGAGAUGGAGGUUCCAGCUACACAAAGUGUGACCUUACUGAAAACCCGAACUUCUAACCUGCAACAUUGGGAUGACCGAUGCACACAACAGCAUAAGGAACUCCACACAUGGGUCCAUCACUGGCUGUGCGCAUGAGGCAGAUACCUACGUCAACUUGAAGCCAAAAUCUGUUUACUAUCUGCUCUUCUCAGAGUUCAGCAACAUUGACAAUACAAAUCCCCCAAACUAUAUCUAUGACCAAGACUAUGGAAUUGUGACUUCAUUGGCAAAAGUGAAGAGGAUUCUCAUCAAUGGAGCCGAGACUACUUUGUCAACAAUACCAUUACAUGGGACCAGUGGCUGUUCGAAGGCUCUGAGUGAUACUUCACCGUCUAAAACUCUAACAUGUUCAAGGACUCUUCCAAUAUCAACAGAUCUGCGUGAUGGAGAGAGACAGUGCAUCUAUUUUUCCGCUACUGGAGGAGGAUUUUUCAAGUAUCAAGACUUUGACAACCAUCAUUUAGGAACCCAGAUUUACAGUCAUCAGACUUCUACCAAACAGCUUUGUUUCCGGUAUGAUAUUGGUCAACCAGAACACUGCUCCAAACUCAACACGGGACACUGCGUGUCACAACCACUGGAACUAUCAACCCGCAUUACACGAACUGGUGAAGUCCACGUUAAAACCUCUGGAUGGACAGACCCUGUUCCAACGGGAGGAAAGGCUGAUACAGCAUCGGGGUUGAAGUACACUAAAAUACAAGUGCUGGAGACUGAACAUAAAGGAAAUAUGAUCGACGUGAUAUACCCGCAACUGAAAGGUUUUGACGCCCAAUACGAUAACAAGUACGAUAACAUUACUCUUCAUCUCCCGAACAAAUAUGGUCUUUAUGCUGUCAUCCUGGAGGUACACGACACUGCUGGAAACAUCCAAUAUGUACGUCGAUUGGUGCUGAAUGAUAAUUCCUCCAAACUGAUGACAGAUUCCACGAAACCACCUCAGGUUGUUUCAGCUACACAGAAAUCAGGUUUCAAAUGGCAGACAAACCUGGGACCUGUGUGCAUAGACUGGAAGGGGUGUUACUACAAUGAUGAAAUGAGGGACAAUAACCCUUUGCAGCCAGUCCUUCGCCAGAUAGAAGUGGCCGCUGGCUAUGACCAAACUGCUGGAGUCCUCCCUACAUCUGGAACUCCAAAUGUUGAUGGCAUCAUUGAGGCAAAGUAUUCUGUAUCUGUAGAUCAUGCUGUGAAAUCGGAUUGGGCAUUGGUUCCUCACUUUACAAACCAGUCACUGUGCAUCACCGAAACACUGCAUGAUGGUCAAACAGUUGACAUAUCAUUGCGAAUGAUGGACAUUGUCAAGAACUCUCUUGAGGAAUCUGUAAGAGUUUACAUUGACUCGACAGUUCCUGAUAUAUCAAACAUGUGGCUCGUGAAGGAUGACGGGAACAAGCAGGUGUAUGUCCACGACAGUCUCGAUCUGUCAACCAUGAUGCUGCAGUUUGAUGUCAUCGACCCUCACAGUGGCGUCAAAACUAUUGAGUGGUAUCUUGGCACAGCAGACUCUUCAGAAGAUCUUGGACACGGUGUACUGCCAUCAGGGAAUCUGAAUGGAACGGCGUGCCCAUCUAAUUCUAACUGCUACUGUUCUUCCGUUGGAGAGUGCCAGUUUCAUAACUACACUGUUCCGCUGAACAGCCUGGUGGCCAACAAGACAAACGAUGCUCAACACAACCAGGCCUUCUACUUCACAGUUGUGGCAACAAACGGAGCAGAUCUGAAGAACAUUGACCAUCUCGACAUCCUUGUGGAUAACUCCCCUCCUGAAGCAGGGACCGUUAAAGAAGGCACAGUGGACGGACCUGAUGUAGACUACACAAGUGAGGAUACUGUACUAGUCAACUGGGCAGGGUUUAUUGACCAUGAGAGUGGCAUCAAUCAUUACCUGGUCAGUCUGGCCCCAAAGUGUCUGACACUGGAUGAAAUGAAGAACAACACAGACACGCUUGAAGUAACAGAAGGCAUCCAUACUGCACAAUUCAAAAUCGGGAAAGAGAUGAACAAAUAUUAUGCCACAGUUGUAGCCUUCAAUGCUGCUCUGAGUCCUUCAACGCCUUCAUGUUCUGAUGGGAUAAUCAGGGAUAUCUCACCUCCGUCAGUGUACAAUGUUACACUGAGCUCUGCUCAAACAUCACAAGAACAUGUUGUGUGCCUUGAUGAAAAUAUCUGGCUUGUCACAAGAAAUCUUACACUGAGACAACUUGAAGAGACCAGUGAAUGUAGACAGAGAUGCAAAUCAAGAUCCUCAUCAGCUAUGGCUCAAGUGUUGCCAAAGAGUUUAAUCAUCUUGAAUGAUACGGAAAUUGACGAUAACGUCUGCAGAACUCUUCCCUUUUUGAACGAUUUCCUAAUUUUUCUUCCUUCUGACAAGAUAGACCUCCACUGGAACUGCGCAGAGAAUGAAAGCCAAAUACGAGAUUUCUCAGUCGGAUUUGGAUCUGACAAAACAACAGUUCAUGACCCAGAUAUUCUGGACUAUGCAUCGAGCAAAGGACAUCUUUCCUUUAAGCUGAACCAUGUUGGCUUUGCUGGGAAGAACAUAUUCUACAUCUUUCUAAAGGCAGUCAACAAGGCUGGAUUGUCAUCAGUUACAGUAUUUGGGCCAGUGAUGAUUGACAAUACACCCCCUGUAAUCACUAAGAAAGUAUCACCUACACUAAGUGGAAACUUCGUCAUGAUCAACUGGGACAAUGAUACAUUCUCUGACCAGGAGCAACAGGACUCAACCUUUACAGUUCUCUACAGAAUCAUGCAUGAUGGACAUCAUGUGACACCUAUACUCCAAACGCCAAAGCACAUCACAAAAGCCUGUCAGAUCCAGGGCCACGCUGGUUGUAUCAGAUAUCCACUCAAAAGACUGCAAGAGAUGGACUCGGAGCUCAACAAACCAUUUCUCUUUGAACUGUAUGUGUACAAUUCUGCAGGUCAUUUCGCUCUCGUUACCACGGAAGGGAUUACAGUACCAUCUAAAUUCCCACCAGGACAUGGCCUAGUCUAUGACAUUGACCCAAUGGAUGUUGAUGGGAAGGAUGAUGUAGACUUUCACUCCACACUAAAGUCUUGCGUCAAGUGGAAUGGCUUCCUUCAUCACAGAGAUGUCCAGUUUGAAGUGGCCCUAGGGUCUGCUGUAAAUGGAAGUGACAUUAGUCCGUUCAGAUCUGUAAAUGGCACAAGUGCAUGUGUAACUUCAUCAAGCAUCAAGCCACGUGUCAAGUAUUAUGCUACAGUAAGGGCAACAUGUUCAGGUGGAUCAUCAUAUGCUUCAUCAGAUGGUUUCAUCAUUAUUGAUCAACCAAAUGAUGACCAGUUUGUCCUUGAAGUCUACGAUGGCGUUGCAUGUGGUGAUCACAGUUCUGGCACAUCUCGAUUGAUCCCAGAAACUGAUACAACUUCAGACAGCAACAUCACAAGGUCGUACAAACCUUCUGCAUCUCUCCAUAUUGGUCAGAGGUACAUUCUUGAGUAUCAACAUCCCCUUAAGGGCAACAUUUCAUCUGACGAAGUCCUCUUAAUGGCACACAUACAUGCAGAUGAAAAGACACAGGGCAUUGUCACAUAUCAAUUUGUACCUUUGACACAUUUUCCUCGGUUUUACAUCAACUCUGCAGAUGACAUAGCAAACUCAACUAUUCGCAUGUGCACUGUAGACAUUGAUUACACGUUGUCAAAGAACAAAGUGUCAUCUUAUUGGAAGUAUGCUGGUCCAUGGAAAGUGCUUACAACUCAUUUUGAAGCUGCCCUCAAAGAAAGAAUGCACUGCACAAACAGCACACAAUGUUAUAAAACCCUGUCAACUAUGUUCGUAAAUAGGGACACCGACUAUGCAGACUUCACCAAUGGAGUCCUCGAACAAAACAAGGUGUACCAAGUGUUUGUGAGGCCCUGUUUUGACACUGUGUGUUUACCGUGGAAAAUUUCAGAUGGAGUGAAGGUCGUCCCUGGACAGCCGAGAGUAACAACAACAUCAUCCUUUACCAAUAGAUCCGCCCCAUCUUGUCAUUCGGUGACGCUUCAUGUUGAUAGUGUAAAAUGUGAAGAGGAACCACAAGAUUCAGAAUCAAUUAUCUAUCAAUGGACUGCUACAGACAAACAUAACAACCCAUUAACCUCCUGGAAAACUGACCUGUCCCUCACCAAAGGCCAGUCUGAUGUCUGUCUGGAUGACCAUGUUCAGUCUCACAGUACCAUCAACAUCUGUGUCCGAGUUAUAUGCCCAUCCGGGCUGUCGGAUACGUCCUGCCAAACUCUGAAUCACGCAAGAAAACAGGAGAACAGACUCGUUGAAGUUGACCAGAAGGAUAUCCAGGAGAUAGAAGAAAUGAUAGACAGGCUGAAAACUGGGAAUCUUCCUUCAUUUGACGUUGAUGUUGCUGAAUCUAGCGUCCAACUGGCCGGCGUCAUGGAGGGAUUAGAAGGAAGGAAGUCCACUUGGUACCUGAUGACUGAACCUCAUGUACCAAAUGACUGUGAAGCUGAUGACAAAUGUGUCACAAGUGUAGAUGCUCAAGGAUCUAUUGUUCAUUUCCACAGUCUGCAGUUAAUGGACCAUGUGAAAUAUUACAUAUGUAUGCAAAGCACCCCUGUCGGACAAAAUAGCUCAAGAAUGUCAGAAUGCGGGGACGGUGUUAUCAUAGAUAACCUUCCACCUACAAAAGGAGAAGUGCUUGUUGUCAACCAACAAAAUGGCUUCCUAACAGAAGAGGAUGUUUUGGUGAUAGCUUGGUCGGGUUUUAGUGACCAUGAGUCUUUUUUCAAGGAUACUGAUUCAGGCAUAACGCAUUUUUCAUAUGCCGUAGGUACCUAUCCAGGAGGACAGGAUGUUCAACCCUUCAUAUCUGCCGGCCUCGUACACAAUGCACACAUUUCAAACAUCACCUUGGAGAACGGUAAAACCUACUAUACAACAGUGAAAGCAUAUGACCGACUUGGACACUCCACAUCGGCAACUUCAGACGCUGUUCUGGUUGAUGUUACACCUCCAAAAUCAGGAGACAUCUUCAUCGGCAAUACACUCGACAGCCACACCGUGGUGUCAGUGGACAGGCUGAACGUUCAUUGGACGGGAUUCGAAGACCACGAGUCUGGCAUCCUUUCAACAUACCUGGCCAUAGGGACGACCAACACUGGAACAGUGUCACCCGUCACGGAAUAUACGGGAACUUUUGCAGACAUCCAUAUGAAUGGAUUUGUAGAUGGUCAUGAGUAUUUUGCCAAAAUUAUGGUAACAAAUCAAGCUGGACUGACUUCUAUGGCAGUGUCAAACAGUUUCAUUGUUGACACGUCGCCGCCUACAAAUGGUGUUGUUACUGAUGGUGGAAAAACAAGCCAGGUGGAGGCAGACUACCAGAGUUCCACUGACAGGUACACUUGUUACUGGUCUGGAUUUGAUGAUCCACACUCUGGGCUGUCCUCCUUUCAAGUUAGUCUCGGGACGGAGCCCUAUCUGGAUGAUGUUGAGGCAGAAACUCAUGUUGGUCUUGGAACGGAAAUGUCAUGGACUGGAGACUUGCCGCUUGGAGUAAAGCUCUACUGCACUGUUAAGGCUUGCAACCAUGCAGGUCUCUGUUCUAAGUCUGCAUCCGACGGGAUAACCCUAGACAACUCUCCUCCAGUUCCUGGCGUGGUAUUUGUGGGACAUGAUGGACAACACCAUAAAUAUCAUGGACAUGCUACAACACUUCCUGCUCAGUGGCUUGGUUUUGAAGAUCCAGAGACGGGGAUCAACUACUUCGACUGGUGUGUUGGAACAACGGCUGGGAAAUGUGAUGUCCUUCCAAGUACCAGCAACCUUCUUUCUGACUCAGUUCUUAAAACUGGUCUCAAGUUGUCAUCUGGUCAUCCCCUUUAUGUUACGGUCAAUGCUACAAACCCAGCAGGUCUAGUUGCCACAUCCACUUCAGACAGCUUCAUCGUGGAUGCAACGCCACCAGUAGCAACAGUGAAACCAUCGUUCACAUCACCCUACUCUAGAAACAUGUCUGCUGUGAAUGUACAGUGGGAGAACUCCAUGCUUCAUCUUCACUGGAAAUUCACAGAUGCUGAUAGUCCCGUUGAAAGACACCUGGUGUCACUGUCUACUCAUCACGAUGGAUCAUCUGCUGUUGAAAGCAUUCACCUGGGCGCUCAGGAUUCCACCAUCAUCCUCUUUGAAGCAGGGAAUCUGAUGAGAAGUGGCGAUGUCUACACUGCCUCUGUCACUGCCUGUAAUGCUGCAGGUCUCUGUUCCACCGCCACGAGUAACCCAAUCCGUAUAGAUUCUACGCCCCCACAAAUGGGAGGAUUCAAAUCCCCUAUAGCAUGGGAAAACGUCAUCGACAAAGGUGCAACCAAGGCACGAUUAAACCUGAAAUGGCUAGGCUUUGUGGACACUGAGUCUGGGAUCCAGACCUAUCAUAUCUCUGUCAGUCGAACAUUUGAUGGCAACGAGUUAUCAGGAGGAAUCGUGGAAAUGAACCAUGACAAUCAUUCCACAGAACAAUCAGCUUCCCUUGCUCUCAAUGAUCAGAUCAGAACUGGAGAACUUAUCAUCCUGACAAUCUCAGCGACAAAUACUGCGGGCCUAUCAAGUGGGAUUGGAAAGGUGACUGUGGCAGUUGUUGCCACUGAUGCUAAACAUACGAAAGGGAUGCUGGAACUCCAACGUCACUCAUGCUCAGUCCAUUACUGCGAAGGCGACUGCACAUGUGCUGUUUUGGGACAGCACUGUAUGCUUGCUUCAUCACAACCGAACUGCACUGAUACAACCAGUAAAAGGAAGAGUACUGAUAUAGUCGUACAUCCUGGACUAGAGUCUGAUGCCACAGUUACUAGCUCCUCAUCAUGUCUAACUGCUCACUGGGAGGCCUCAUCACCGCAGGUAUUAAAUACAAUCACACGGUUUCAGUGGAGCAUCGGAGAAAGGGGAAAACCACCAGGAACUGGAAUAUUUGAUCUCAAAACGGAACCUGUAUGGCAGGACAUAGGACGACUAACCAGGUUUACAUACUGCCUUCCUCUAGGACGAUCACUUCAGCAUGGAACAGAAUACAUCAUCCACGUGAAAGCCUGGUUUGGCUUCAGUGAUUAUGCUGUGUUCCAUUCUCAUAGUGUCCUCAUUGACAACACACCACCUAAAAUUCAGAGGGCCAAGUCGCUGCUGGAUUCAGAUGGGUCUUGUAAUAAGGAUGAAGAAUUCUUCAGUCAUGGACAAACAAUAAGAGCAUGUUGGGAGGGUGUAUUCAAUGACGAAGAUACAUCAAUAACAAGCUAUGAAGUUUGGGUUGGAACGUCGCCUGAAGGAGACGACGUUAUUCAGACAAAGUCCAUGGGUAACCAAACAUCCUUUGCGGUCCCUCUGGCACUCUUGAAAAGUGGUACGAAAUACUACAGCAGCAUCAGGGCAACCAACCUGGCUGGUCUGCAGACUAUAGCAGUGUCAGAUGGCUUUGUAGUCGAUGACACACCACCUGUAGUUGGUGUAGUCUUCAACACUGACCGCCACAGGAAUAUUGAGUUUCAGUCAUCAAACACAACACUGAAGGCUUCUUGGCAUGGCUUUGAAGACUAUCACUCCUAUGUGCAGAGAUUUGAAAUCGCAGUUGUGAAGGAGGGAGAACAUAUCCAGGACACGAUGUUCAAAUAUCAUGGAAUGGAAAAUGAGAUCACCAUAGACAAUUUGAAAUUGGAGGAAAAGAAGAGGUAUCGCAUUGCAGUCAGAGCAGUUGAUGCUGCAGGCCUUCACAGUGGCACAGCCGAGUCCCCAAGUGUACUGAUUGACACAUCAGCCCCUAAAGCCUUUCAGUGCAGAACUUUCCUUGAUAGGAAAGUGAAUUCUACUGAUCUUAAGUUCCAAUCUCUUCGACAUGUCUCCACACAACUACAUGCGUUUGAAUAUCUAAAAAAGGAUACAUUCUAUCGAAUGACAGUGAAAGGUGACUUGGACAUCCGUGUGUCACGUGUCAUUUUCACAGUCGGUAACCUUCAGGUUCCUGCAAAAUUUGAAACAACAUUCUCUGGAGUACAGGCCUCGCAUAGCUUCCUGGCCUCGCGUUCUGGCCUCAGUAACAUAAGUAUAUCAAUCACGGGGACUAAUCUUUCAGACGCCUUUGAUGUAACGCUAGGGGAAUGUCAAAACCUUGCAGACACCGAUCCAACAAAUGGCAUCACAGUUUGGCAAAUCCGGCCCUCUGUUGUCGCCGUUUGUGCCAGGGUAAUAGAUCAGGAAAGUGGCAGCAGAAGUGUGUGGCUCGGAGCGGGAACCAGCAAGGGAGGGUACCAGAUCCGUGCCUUGUCCCCAACGUCUGUCAGCAACCAUGAAAUGAUUCUGGUGGAAGAGCCACAUGGUAGCCCUGUCCAUGUCACAGUGAUGGCGGAGAACAAUGCUGGCCUCAGAACCAUCUUCACAUCCAAGCCAAUCACCAUCGAUCACACUCCGCCAGACAUGAGCGUCUCGUCAACUCUAGAAUAUGCAGCAGGUUCUGAUACGGUAUCUAUAAGGAUGACCUUGGAGGUUCAGGACGUGGAAAGUGGACUACACUCGUGCUUAUGUGCAUAUGGAACACAUCCCCUGUCCUAUGAUGAUCACAAGUGGGAGAAGUCACAAGGCUUGACACACUGCGAACUACAGAACAUCCCUGCUCGUAACGACGCUGUCCUCUACGCUUGGGUCCGUUGUAUCAACAACGUCAACAUGGAUACAAUCAUCAGAUCAGACCCUCUGCAUGUGGUAUACCAUCCUCCUGCACUUCCGCUGGGAUCAUUGAAACUUCUGGUGGACAAUCAGAUAUCCUCGGGAUCCCUCCCGUCCAACGUCCAGGGUUACACUGACCAUGUUGAGUUUGCCUGGCAGGAUGCGGACAGUGGUGGCACCCAGAGCUAUGAAUGUCGCCUUCUAGAACACGGCACACCGGUAGCAGACUGGGUGUCUAUGGGACAGAAGACGUACGCAACACUGGAUGGGCUGAGCCUCCAAGAUGGACACAUGUACGACAUCCAGGUCCGAGCUGUGAACAGCAGGGCACAGUACAGCAAUGUACUCAACAGUACUGUAAAAGUCGAUAGCCGGUCGCCCCUGACCACAGGAGCUGAGCCAAACAUAACACUGGUGAACGGACACCUCGCGGUGGACUGGGCAGGUGUGUUUGACGAUUUCAACAUGAAGGCUGAAUACGAAGUGUCUGUUGGGACAAGAAACGGUUCUGCGGACAUUAUUAGACAAAUGUCUACCACAAAUACGUAUCUGACAGCAACAACCUACACAAAAGCAACUGGAAUCUUCCUCACCAUCAAAGCAAAUAUGGAAACUGGGAAAUUCGGCAUUUAUUCCACCUUCUCUCCUUGAAUUAGCUUCCUUACAUACCUGACUGAAGAAAUGUUUGAAAGACCUGACAUGCUGACGCGUAAUUGCUUCGUGUAUUGUUAAUCAAUGUGCAUAUGUUAAUAUUCAAGAACAUUUGUCAUAAACUGUAUUAAUGUUAAUUACGGUGUAGGCUUGUAGUUGCUUUGCUCUUUAUUAAAUAAAAUUGUUGCCAUUAAA